AUGGACGAGUUGGUCUGCAUCGUUCACAUCCCAGCCAUGGCUUUCAAGUUCCUCCUCGCCGCUUCCGCCCUCGCCGGUCUCGUUUUCUGUGAACACAUCCAUCACCACCACCGCCCCUACCACCCCUUCCCCCCGCCACCUCCCUACCCUUACCCACAGCCUUCUGGGUAUGGGCCUCCUCCCCCUCCUCCUCCCCCUCCCCCUCCUCCACCCCCAGCGCCCUACGGCCCCCCACCAAUUGUGUACCCGGACUACAUUGACAAUAUCAGUAUCAUCCUGUGUGUCGUGGGGAUUGUAUUAGGCAAUGACGCUCCAUUGUACCCUGCCCCUGUACCCUAUAAACAUAAUGAGUACUUGGAGACCCACCCCCAAUACAGCUACAGCUACGGCGUGCAGGACGACCUUUCGGGAAACAACUUCGGCCACACUGAGUCCCGCGACGGCUUCAAGACCGAGGGCAGCUACUUCGUCAACCUCCCCGACGGCCGCAAGCAGAUCGUGACCUACGCUGACCACGGGGAGGGACUGGUAGCCGAGGUCACCUACGAGGGCGAGGCUUACUACCCGGAAUAUAGCCCCGCGCAGAAGCCUGGGGGUCUACCUGCCUACGGGCCUCCUCCUCCUCCAGGUGGUGGGAGGUCUUAG